GUGAUGUGGGCAGGUAGGGUCUGGCGCGCCGCGUUCUCAGGGGCCACGCGUGGUCGCCGCGCGCAGUCCGCGCUGGCCCAGCUGCGCGACAUCCUGGAAGGAGAGCUGGAAGGGAUCCGCCAAGCCGGCACCUGGAAAAGUGAGCGGAUCAUCAGGUCCCGGCAGGGGCCGCACAUCCACGUGGACGGCGUCUCUGGAGGAAUCCUUAACUUCUGUGCCAACAACUACUUGGGCCUGAGCAGCCAUCCCGAGGUGAUCCAGGCAGGUCUUCAGGCUCUGGAGGAGUUUGGAGCUGGCCUCAGCUCUGUCCGCUUCAUCUGUGGGACCCAGAGCAUCCACAAGAAUCUAGAAGCCAAGAUAGCCUGCUUCCACCAGCGGGAGGAUGCCAUCCUGUACCCCAGCUGUUUCGAUGCCAACACUGGCCUCUUUGAGGCCCUGCUGACCCCUGAGGACGCAGUCCUGUCAGACGAGCUGAACCACGCCUCCAUCAUCGAUGGCAUCCGUCUGUGCAAGGCCCACAAGUUCCGCUACCGCCACCUGGACAUGGCUGACCUAGAGGCCAAGCUGCAGGAGGCCCAGAAGCAUCGGCUGCGCCUGGUGGCCACGGAUGGGGCCUUCUCCAUGGACGGCGACGUCGCACCUCUGCAGGAGAUCUGCCGUCUCGCCUCCCGAUAUGGCGCCCUGGUCUUUGUGGACGAGUGCCAUGCCACUGGCUUCCUGGGGCCCACCGGCCGGGGCACGGAUGAGCUGCUGGGUGUGAUGGACCAGGUCACCAUCAUCAACUCCACGCUGGGGAAGGCACUGGGCGGAGCAGAAGGGGGCUACACGGUGGGGCCUGAGCCCCUGGUGGCCCUGCUGCGGCAGCGUGCCCGGCCCUACCUCUUCUCCAACAGUCUGCCGCCUGCUGUCGUCGGCUGCGCUACCAAGGCCCUGGACCUGCUCAUGGAGAGCAACUCCAUCGUCCAGUCGAUGGCUGCCAAGACCCAGCGGUUCCGCAGUAAGAUGGAGGCCGCCGGCUUCACCAUCUCUGGAGCCAGUCACCCCAUCUGUCCUGUGAUGCUGGGGGAUGCCCGGCUGGCCUCUCGCAUGGCAGACGACAUGCUAGGGAGAGGCAUCUUUGUUACCGGGUUCAGCUACCCUGUGGUUCCCAAAGGGAAGGCCCGGAUCCGGGUACAGAUCUCAGCGGUGCACAGUGAGGACGACAUUGACCGCUGUGUGGAGGCCUUCGUGGAGGUGGGACGGCUACACGGGGUGCUGCCCUGAGCCUGGUCAGGGACAGACAAAGCCAAGGUCCACCCACCGUCACAGUGAUAGAGGAUGCCCCUGAUCUGCCCAGGCCAGAGGCUCUGCGCCCUGACCAAAGUCCUCAGGCCGGACUGCGACGAGGUGUGUGCCUACGGCCGUAAAAACAACAGUGUGAACGUCAGCCGUGA